CUAUCGACAAAAGAGGCUGAGGCCAUCGCCAUGUUGCCGGGAUUAGAUAAAUAGCAGAUGGGGGCUUUAGACCAGCCUUAGACCCCAUCAUGAGCCCGCCCCGGCCGGGCUUGCUCCCUUGGAAGCACCAUCGACGGAAAGCAGAAUAAUUUCUCCCAGUUUCUAUCGUAUUUUCCACCGUUCAUGUCUCUUAGUAGCCCAGUAUCGACACCGCAUCAACCGAAACUAAAAAUUGUCACUCGCCCGUCAGACGAGAUUUCGCAUGCAAGGUGGUUGCCGUGCCCGUUCUCCGUAGAGUGUCAUACGAUUUAUCUGUGACGCACAAAACUGAUUGUCUGUGAGAGACAAUAUGGCGGCGAUAUUACCCCUGAAUGACAGUUGCCGAGAUAGCUGGGGUUGGAACCCCCAGGACAAGUCCCCAGACGUACAACUGAAAGGGCCCCGCAACCAGACGGCCCUCUUCCACCCAAACUGGUCCAUCGGAGCUGCUGGGGUACGAGGGACACGCCCUUUACUUCAAGGUCAUUGUUACUACUGGGAGAUCGCCGUUGCGCCGAGGGUCUACGGAACCUCCAUGAUGGUCGGUAUCGGCUCACAAAAAGCUCGUCUGCAUGCCGAUUCCUUCAUCAACCUCAUCGGUGAAGACAACGAGAGCUGGGGUCUUUCACAUAAAGGCACCCUCUGGCACGGCGGCGACUCAUUCGUGUUCACACAACCAUUUUCCGAAAACGCCUUAACCAUCGUUGGCGUACUGUUCGACGGACGGAAGGGAACGCUCACCUAUUUCAAAGAUGGCGAGCUCCUUGGCCAGGCUUGCAAGGAUCUGAACGCACCCGAUGACGACGAUCUCUACCCCAUUAUCUGUUCGACGGCGGCGAAGACGGAGAUGAGGCUGGUUCAGGCUCGACGAAGCUUCGUUUCGCUCGUUGAUCGAUGUCGAAACCGCAUCGCGACCAGCAUCGCUAAGAAGGAGCUUGUUCACAUUCUGCCGCUACCGAGUGCUUUAAAGAACAUCAUACUAGAUUCAAUGUGAACGAGAUUGUCAACAUUUCAUGCGACGCUAGUAACGAUGGUUCGUCAUCAUUGAAGAGCUCAGCCUCCCAAUCGUCGAAGAACGACCACGCCGUGGUUGACGAGGCCGGUAAGCCGAUCAAGGGACCGGAGGACGAGUCUCGAGCGCGAGGGUGUUCCAGAUCUUAACCGGACCUGGACCUUUGUGGCUGCUUUAGCUGAGGACCAGACGGAUCAAUCCCACGUUAGACACCGACCAACGUAAUGCCAGCCAGAUCACCGUCAGUCGACCUACAUCAAAUCGGCCACCCCACCCAUCGGGCGGUAGUAUAAAUCCAUACCGUAUCAAUCGCCAUUUACAUACUGUGCAUUUGAUACACCAGUAUCCAUUUUUAUGUGUCUAACCCGUAACCAUGGUAACAUGCUGUUAUUGAAAUGUACUCAAGCUCAGGUAGCUAAGCAAACAUGGCUUCAACGUGUAUGUACUAUUACCCCCCGCUUACUAUUUCCAUCCACUCUCCCCGCACGCUCUUAUCACAAAUUUCACGACAUAUUGUGAGCACUGAGCGAGAUCAACAGAAAAAGAGGAGAAGUGUUUGAUAUUAUAAUUAUAAUGUGUAAUGAUAUAGCGAUGUAGUCUCCAAGGGGGAAAGGGGAGAAAAGGAAGGGCGAGUGCGUCUCAUAUGGGGAUAAAGGAAGAGAGAGUAUGCUGUAUUUGUUGCUAUGGGAAAAGCGAGACUCGAGACGAAUGCGCACGCGCUUACCAAGCGUGAGCGCUGAUUGGUCGAGAGUUUCGGCUUGCUUUCUCACUCGUAUGUAUAGUGACAUAUGGCAUGCGAGACAGCAACCUGUUUUUCUCCCUAGAUAUCAUAUGAGUUUGAUAAUGCAUGUUCUCUAUUUUCCCUGCAUGGUUAAUAUUAUUCCAUCAUAGCCUAAUUUAAUAGCGGAGACGUCGUUCGAGAAAAAGCAAAAGAGGACACGCUUAUUCAAGCCCGAGGCUCCCCCAAAGUCUUUUAUUAUGUCAUGUUUCCAGUCACGGUGCUGUCGCUGACCCCGGCUUGCUCUCAACCGACCGACCGGCCGGCCGACCGGCAGGAUGGCCAGUAGGCCUAUUGGACGACCACGUGAGGUGAGAUCGAGGCUGCAAAUGAAGAAUAAUAGCAUGAACACGAGCUCGAACAAAGACCAGCUGCUCCUCUGAGGGACGGGACGAGAAAAGGAGAAAGUACGACUCGCAUUUCCUUUGCCGAUGACUGCCUGCGUUCCCCAUCCAAUCUAAUUUCCCCCUCUGUGACGGUUUAGUGACUCGCCUGCCUUCGCGUCUCGGCUGCUCGCCCGUCGUCGCUUCGGAGAGGCACGCAAGUGGGCAGCCAGCCGUGCGCAUCCCAUAGGUCCAGCCUGCUUUGUUCCGCUCAGUAAACUGCUAACAAGAAGCUAGUAAGGCGAGCUGCAGGCCUACACCACACAAACACGGAUCAAGUGAAACUCGUCCUCGCCCUCCCCCUCCCUCGAUACAUCCAAAGAAGCCAUGCCCCUCAUCUGGAUAGAAAACAACAAAGAGAUCCGAACAAGUAAGCCUUCUAGAACUAAACAGGAGCAAAAUACAAAAUCUUGCUUCGAGAAACAAAGCUGCCCAGACGGUGAUCCUGUUACCUACCCUGACAAUUCGCUGUAGUGCCUCCGAUACCGGUAUAAUUUAUGAAAAUUAUACCGGUACAAUAUUUUGUGCACACCAAUAAGUUUGCCUUCGUGCCGCAAGCCUGCCGCAAUCACGUUUCCUAUAGUAACUUAUACAGCCAGUAGAUUUUACACAUCUUCUACUUUCAAUAAAUAAAGUAUUUCCUCUUUCACUAAGAAAGCCCGGUUUAUUUUCACUUAUAAUCUAGAAUUAAAGCUGGAAUAUGUCAUACAAGUUGUAACUUGCAACUUUUUCUUUCAUAUUUCUUCAUUAAUUAAAAUGAAAACGCGUCAAAUCAACGUGCUCUGGCCAAUCGAUAUCAUGUAUAGCUUAUAGGCAUACACAAACUAACCCAGAACUGUAUAGUUCCAGCUUCUUGAAAGAAAGAAAGAAAAAACUCUUUAUUCGUGUAUACGGCAGGCAUUCAGGCGGAGAUUACAAAUAUAGCACAGUUGAUAGAAUUUAACUUGUAUGUAUGACCAUCCUUUAUCUUCAAUCAAUCUCUCAUUAUUGAGGACAAAUCUAAUUUAACAAAUUGAAAUUCAUUUACUUUUCUUUCUAAAUAAGCUUAAUGAUUUUUGUUUUCAUUCCUUUAUUGGAACUUGACGCUGUCACCGGUUUUGUGUCAUCAUUUUUAAAUUUAAUUAUUUAGAUCCAGCAGAACAUCUCUGUUGAGUUGUAAAUGAAAAGAAAAUACGUGAAUUCGCAGUGCCAUAGACAUAAUUGCUUACUUAGAAUAGACUUAGUGUAGAUAACAUGUAGAUGUAUAAUCAUUUAGACUGGGUGAUAAUUAUGAAUAUUGUGAAUUUUUACGUGAAUUUAAAUUAUUUGCAUCUCUCUAUCGGUCGAAUAAUAUGUUUCUUUUUAUUUUUUAAUUGUUUUUCCCGUUAUGUUUUACUCAUUUUUUAGUUUGAGAUAAAAACGCUGCUAUACGAACUUCGGAUGAAGAGUGGUUAGAAUAGAGGAGGAAAACACUCCACAAUAAACAAAAAGUGCAAUAAUUAAGGUAAUUUCAGAUAUCUAUGUUCCAUUGUUGGACUGAACAAAAAAGUUCGGCUGUGGUGCAUGACAUCAUAUUGAUUUACGACUACAAGAGGUACUGUAGAUUAUACAGUGGGAAGUCGGGAUGAGAAGAAAAGACAGCUUUCUACAUCAAAAACUGUUUCCAAUUUUGCCUACAAUGUUUUUUUGAUGUAGAGAGAGGCUUUUUUCUUUUUUGUCAAAGAAAAUCAAAGGAAAAGUUGCAAUAAAACAGAACGCAAAUAAGCUUGCCAGGAUCGAAGCGCGGCCUGGUCGGAAAAUGUAAUCAUUUUCCGAUCAUUUUCACGCAGAUCCCUUCAUAAUUGGUUCGAGCAAUCAACUCAUACAAAAACGUAGAUUAGAUACUCUCUUAUUGUGGUGUAGGUAGCAUGCAUAUUUAAUUACCUCCUGAUUGAUUUAAUUAGUAUGCGCAAAGAGGUGUUUAUUCAAGUUAUCAUUGCGCAUGACUUGCGCAUGCGCAUACUUAUGAUUGAAGCACCAAUUAAUACUCAAUGUGCUGCCAAUUUUUGUCGUCGUUUUCUUUUUCUUUUCCUUUUUUCAACAAUAAUUUGGUUUGCUGCAUUUCAUUUUCUAGUUAAAUAUGUGUGUAAUCAUUACGCGAAGGCUGUAAAAAACACAGACAAUGCUGGAUAGUUUUCUUACGCGUAGUCUUUUGUCUCCUCUCAUUCACUUACUUUUCUUCUAAAUCUUCUCAUAAAUGCAUGUACAUAUUUCAUGUUUUUAAUGUUGACCCAUUUUUCACUAUGCGAUCGGGCUGAAAAGGAAAAGCGAUACAAAAUAAAAGCAUAUCUUCUCCAUAUUCUUGGUUUUUUGGACUACCGAGGAAUGGAAAUCAAAACAGUAGUAUACAUUACUCAUAUUGUCAACUGACUGUAAAUUACAUGGGUGUAUAUAACACGAAAACAAAACGCAAGAACAAAUGAAUAUUCCUGAUACACACAAUAACAACAAAAGGAAGAAAGAAAGAGGAAAUCCAUAACUAGAAACCUAGCUGAAACUGUAUAACUUACCACGAAGUGUUUGAU